UACGUCUGCUGUAAUCUGCAACUGAACAAUCUUAUUGAGGAUACGUUCGAAACGGUAAAGAACGUGCAAGGCUACAGCGCAUGUAAUAUCGCACGAAUGGCCAACAUCAUUCAGGAGAUGUUUGGUCAUCCUUUCGAGAGUGUUGUCGCUUUGUCGGAUUUCGCGCAAAAUGUUCACUUUGCUGGCGAUUUGGUUUGUAAAGUGGAGAUCGACGGCAAAUAUAUGCUGACGUACGCGACACCGUAUGACGCAGACCAUGCAGUAGAAUCGGUGGACGUGAUCGAGGAUGUCCCAAUUGAAAGGGAGGAAAGAGUCGAUUACGAGCAAAAGACCGGCGGAAACAAGGAAAAAGCGAAAAAAUCGAAAAAAUCGAAAAAAGUUGCUGAAGAAACCACUACCGAUUCAUAA